GUUUUUCAAGCUAGAAAAUUGACGGUGUUCUCUGGGUGUCAGAUGUGACGCUGGAACAAGGAUUUCAGUGGGGAGUUUGUCUUACAAGAGAGUAUUGGACAUUUUUCAGCCAAAAGGGUUUGUGAGCCUAGAGUGGUCAAACUUGCAGAAUUGUGUGAUCUAGUGGAGAAAUAAGAAGGUGGUGUCUAUGUUGCUAAAAUUGAUGGCCGACAAAGAAAAAUGUUGAUAAAAUUGAAGACAUAAAAGCCUGAAAUUUUCAGGGGGGAAAACAAAUGCUAUCAAAAAAGUUUUACAUGGCUCGUCUUCAAAGGGUGGAUCCUUCACUCAGACAAUGAAUCUCCACAAACAGGAACUCUUUUCAAGCUUGUGUCUGAAACAUGAGAAUCUCAGACCACAAUGACAAAAGGUCUUCCAAGUCCAGAAUCUCAAGUUCUGUUCUGUUACAAUUGAGAAUUUCCCUUCUGUAAUCAAACUUUCCUAGUUGAAAGAAGCAAUUCCAAAUUUUGGCAAAGUCUGAAGUGCUUCCGUGAGUUUCAUGCAAAAUGGACUCGGUUUCUGCAGAAUCAAAUUCAAGUUAUUUCGUUUACUUAGCAGAGUGAUCGGGUGCAAACUAUUUCAAUAUUUGGUUGUCCAUAAGUAUGUGGUGUGUGCUUUUGAAGGGUAAAGAAUCACACAAUAGCAGUUUUCAAUAUAUGUAUAUGACUCCGAUCUUCCAAUUUGUUCUUUGCACUACCAGCAUCAGAAUCAACUACAUUAGCAAAGAGACUGCUGAUUUCACAACAUACUCUGCGUGCAUGUCCUAUGGUUGAUGGUUUCAUGAAGAUGAAGAUGCUGUAGAUGCCUUUUCAGUAUGGACAAAGCAUACAGAUGAAGUAAGAAAUGCUUCUUGCAUCCAUUUGUUUAGUUAAAUAUUAGUCAAGCUCAUGUGUGUUCUAGAUAGGCCAUUUAAUAACUUAGUUAUCAUGCUCGUGACAUUUUUAUUGGAAUUCAUCAUCCCUUCUCCUCUGUGUUGAUGCAGUUUUGAGUUUUAACAACGUUUCUAAUGAGCACUUUCCUCUUUGUAAUCUCAGGGCGUUUGCCAAGUAGUAG